GUCACAGCAUUGGCAGCAGAAAAGCGCGUGCGACGGCGGCGGCGGAAGGCUCCGCCGAAAUCGGAGUUCCAGAUCCGAGAAGAGAAGCGCGAGAUGGGUGUCCUCGCCCGUGACCUCGCUGUAGCGCUCAAGGUGUCCGACGAGGACAUCCGAAAGAGGCGAGAAGAGCGCCGAAAGAAGCAGCAGAAGGAAAGAGAGAUGGACACCUUCGAGGCGGACCCCAUCUGGAACCUGAACGAGGGAGAGGAUUCUGUCGAUCCGAACAUCUUCGGCUUCCCCUUCAUCUGGGUUCAGCUUGGUCACAUCAUCCUGGGAGUGACCCUCGUUGCAGCUGCAGCGGUCGGAGGGAACAGCCUGACGCCGAGCUGA